ACUAAUUAUGACUGCACUAAGCAAGUAUAGCUCAAGAAUAAGCAGACGGAAUUAUACGGAUCAGUUUGCAUCAGCGUUCAGAACAACGUUGUUUACUCCUCAAAAUGAUCUUCAUCAGCCUUAUUUUUGGAGUCGUACUCAUUAAGUCACUAGUUACAACCGUAGCCUGUGAUAACAGAGGGGAGGCAAGAAGUGCAAUGGAGAAAAGGAUAGGAUACGAAGAUGGGAAGAUAACGUCCGUGACGGUGUACACCGGAGACCACAAACCUACAGGACAAACGUCUGGAAGUGGAACGUCUGGAGGCUCUGGAAGCAGCCAGAGUAACCCACCGCCAACAUCCUCUAAACCCUCCACAGACUCUACGACCGGUAGACCCAAACCGGGAAACCAGUUUGGCAACUUCGGUUUUAAUUUUAAGCCUUUUGGUACAUUUGGAGGACUGAGGCCACAAGACCUCUGGUUCCAGGAACUCUCUUCUAUUCCUUCAAAAAUAGCCUCCUUCUCGGAUAUUGAUGAUUAUGAAGAUACCAUGGAAAACAUCCUUAAUACCCUGGAUAGCUUUAAUGAUUAUUAGUCAUAAACGCUGAGUUACAAAAUUAAUUAAAAGUUAAAAGCCA